CUGGUAAAUUCCGACAAACGAGAGCGGUUCGGCGCCCCUCGUUACUUGCCUCCCGCUCCCUGGACGAGGCUUAUAUCCCAGCCCCGGUCCUCAAGGACUGCAUUUCCUGUUCCUCUCUGGCCAGGCGAACGUGCUCCUUGUCCUGGCAACCAUGAGGCUUAUACUGAUAGCGCUUUUCCUGAUGGUCGCCAUUGGCUCAAUUUUGGCCCUUCCCGAGCCCCUUCCUGCAGCGCUGGCCGAUCCGGCACCCGCAGCGGACCCCGGGCCCGAGGCUGACCCUGACCCGCGACGCCGUGGCCGUGGCGGUCGUGGGGGCAGGUUCGGGGGACGUGGCUUUGGAGGCCGCGGAGGCUUCGGAGGCUUCGGAAGCCACGGAGGCCACGGAGGCUUCGGAAGCCACGGAAGCCACGGAGGCUUCGGAGGCCACGGAGGCCACGGAGGCUUCGGAGGCCAAGGAGGCUUCGGAGGCCUCGGCGGUUUCGGAGGCCAAGGAGGCUUCGGAGGGCUCGGAGGCUUCGGCCACAGGCCCCAUGCCCAUAUCCUCCCUCAUGGCAACCAUUUUGACAUCCUCAUCCAUUAGCUUUCCUCCCUGACGAAAGGGCAACAGAGCCUCUCCCGAUGAAACAUCGCGGUGUGCGUCGCGGAGGCGGCUUCGCAUCAGCUGCUGCAAGUAGCCAUCAUUCAUGUUUUUCUCUGGGAGAAACUAUUAUAAACUUUAUUCAACAUUCAAGCGGUUUCCUUUCUUGAGAAAUCGUUAGACAGUGCUCGUUCUCAAUUGAGAAUUAAAUUACUAAUCCAAUGGACCAAAACGUUUGACACUGUAUGUGGAGAUUGCAUUCCGAAUUAUUUAGGCAAUGCAUUUCCAUCAGUUACUAUCAUAUUGUAUCUCUCAUUGAGAAAAAACAAGACUCGUUGUAAACUGCAAAUAAACAGUAAAUAGAUUA